CCGUAGCGUAGCGUAGCGUGCGCCCCUACUGUGCGGUGCGGGUCGCUGAGUGACAUGCCACGGGCUGCGCAGACGUCGCCGUCGCAGGCCCCCGCGCUCAGCUGAGCCGCUGCUCAAGGACUAGGCGCUCGGGCGGAAUGCGGAGCCGUGGCCGCGACUGCGGCCUGCCCUCCAGCCUCACAACCAGACCCAGCACCACCACUGGCGUCAACGUCACGCUCCCGCCGACAGCGUGACGCGGCGGCAGAUGACGCGGGCGGCCGCCUGGCUCCUACUGGCGCUGCAGCUCGCCGCCCACGGACUACGCCUCGAUCACUGUACGGCGCCAUUGGGCAUGGAGUCCGGCGCCAUCCCAGACGAAGACAUCUCUGCCAGCUCCGCUUACGAUUCCAGUAUCGUUGGUGCUCGCAACAGCAGAUUGCGAGAGGACAAGGGCGGCGGUGCCUGGUGUCCCCGCAACAUGGUGACGCGAGCCGCCGAAGAGUGGCUGCAGGUGGAGCUGCAUUCGCUGCACGCUGUCACCGCGGUACGCACUCAGGGCCGCUUCGGACACGGCCUGGGCCAGGAGUACGCCGAGAACUAUCUGCUCGACUAUUGGCGGCCCGGUCUCGCCACUUGGGCCCGCUGGAGGGACAAAGCAGGUAACAAGAUGCUGUCCGGCAACACGGACACGAACACGGUGGUGGAGCAGCGGCUGCAGCCGCCCGUGGUGGCCACCAGGGUGCGCGUGGUGCCCUUCAGCGAGCACAUGAGGACGGUCUGCAUGAGGCUCGAGCUCGUCGGCUGCAGGAACAAAGAGGGCCUGCUGAGCUACAGCGUGGCGCAGGGCGCGCGCGGCUUCACGGACCGCCUGUACGACGGCAGGGAGGCGGCGGGGCACCUGUCCGCCGGCCUGGGGACGCUCUCCGACGGCAGGAAGGCGCAGGACCUGCUGCCGUCGCUGGAAGCGGGGCAGGAACACGAGUGGGUGGGCUGGCGCAACGACACGCCCGGCAUGGAAGGCAGUCCCGUGGAGAUGCUGUUUGAGUUCGACCACGUGAGAAACUUCUCGGCGGUGCACCUACAUGCCAACAACCAGUUCAGCAAGGACGUACAGGUAUUCUCGCACGCGAAGGCGUUCGUGAGCGUGUCCGAACAACAGCAUGUGUCCACGGAGCCGGUGGCCUUCUCGUACGUGGCUGACCUGCUCAUGGAGCACCCGCGUGACGUCACGGUCAAGCUGCACCAUCGCGUCGGUCGCUUCCUGCGGCUGCAGCUCUACUUUGCCGCCUCGUGGAUUCUCCUUAGCGAGAUCUCUUUCGAUUCGGCCGUGGUGGUAGGCAACUCGUCGCUAGUGGAGGCGCCGUCGGAGGACCCGCCGCAGAGAGACGAGGUGCAGCAGCCCGCGCCGCCGCCACCGGCCCCGCCCCCGGCGCCGUCCGCCGGCCAACCGCAGCCGCAGCCGCAGCCGGAGGUGGCGUCCCCCGGCUACAUCGGGCCUGUCAUCAGCUCGCUGUCCACAGUGAUCGUGCUGCUGGCCGCCUCCAUCCUACUCAUCGUGCUGCGCCACCGCCGCCUCAAGGCCGCCGCCGCCAACGCCUCCCCGCUGCCGCCCCCGCACGGAUCAACCGUGGCUGCCUUCUCUCCCGGAGAUAAGGCGGGAGGCAUCAAGGAACUCCAAAUGCGCGUCAACGUUGCGGCCAACGGGAGGGUGUACGGGCAGCUGUCCCUGGACGACCCCGAGCCACCGGCGCCGACGCACUACCAGCAGCCGCUGUACGGCCAGCCGUUGCCGCUUAACGGCGCGCCCUAUAACACGGGUGUUCCGGACGUGGUGUCGCGUGAGUACGCAGUGCCGCUGGUGAGGCAGACGCCGCCGCCGUCGCGACGCCCGCCGCCCUUCGCCGGCUCAGAGCCGCCGCCGGUGCCUCCGCCGCCGGAGCAGUACUACGCCGCCACCGAAAUAUGCAAGGGCGGGGAGUCUUCGCCGCCGCCGGUGCCGCCCCCGCUGCCGCCCCUGCCGCCGCUGGCGCCUGGGUCGCCGUACGACGGCGCCGCCACGGGCAGCGACUCGGCGGGCCUGGACGAGCUGACCACGGCCACCGAGGACGAGGCCGCAGACGGCGACGGCGACGAAGAAGAGGAGGAGGACGCUGCGGCGGGCGCGCAGCCGCUGCCACUGUUCCCCAGGGAACACCUGCGCGUCGUCGAGAUGCUCGGCGUCGGCCACUUCGGGGACGUACACUUAUGCGAAGUGAAGCAGUUUCCAGAAGUUCUCGACAAGAAUCUCUGCACGUGCAAACUUGUGGCUGUGAAAUUCCUUCGUCCGAAUGCUUCGGAAGCUGUAAGACUCCGGCUGCAGGAGGAAGCUUGCGCGCUGUGGCGGCUGCGGCACCCCAACCUGUGCCAGCUGCUGGGCGCCAGCGCGCCGCAGGACUCGCCAGCAUUCCUGGUGGUGCAGUACUCACAGCUGGGAGACCUCAACCAGUUCCUGCAGGAGCACCUGGCCGACACCGUCACCUCGCCGCCGCCCUCCUGCCGCGGCCGCACCCUCAGCUACGGAUGCCUGAUAUACAUGGCUACUCAAAUUGCAGCUGGGAUGAAGUAUCUAGAAUCUCACAAUUUUAUUCACAGAGACCUGGCAGCAAGGAACUGCCUCGUCGGUCUGUCCUAUCAAAUAAAAAUUUCUGACACAGCUAUGUGUAGAAAUAUCUACGCCGGCGAUUACUACAAGGUAGAUGAAUGGGCGCUAUUGCCCAUAAGAUGGAUGGCCUGGGAAAGUGUUCUAAUGGGUAAGUUUACUACAAAGAGCGACGUUUGGUCCUUUGCUGUUACGCUAUGGGAAAUACUAACAUUUGCUAGAGAGCAGCCUUUUGAAGAGCUGUGUGACGACAAAGUAAUAGAAAAUGUGUCGCACAUUUACCAAGACGAUGGACAGCAGAUAUUCCUACCUCCACCAAAGAAUUGCCCCAAAGAAAUAUAUGACUUGAUGUGCGAGUGCUGGCAGAGGAACGAAUCCAACAGACCAAACUUCCGAGAGAUUCAUCUGUUUCUACAACGGAAAAACCUUGGUUACGAACCGGAAAUGAAAUGAAUUGAAUUGUUAGCAUCACAGACUAAAUUUAGAGUUGGAGCUAAUGAAAUUAUCAGUACGUGCCUAGAAGGGAGGGUAGUGUAAUUUACUGCAUAUACCCUCUUUUUGACAGAUUAAGCUUGAAGUUUUACUGGAUGAACUGUGAAGUUUCUGCUCAAGCAAUAUGUGAUAAAGCACUGGUGGAAGAAUACGUCGAUAGACAGAGAUAGUCAUGCCAUAUCAUCCAUUUUCUUUCGUCUCAAAGGGAGUGUCAACACUAUAUCAUUAACAAUAUAAUUGUCAGUUCAGGGCUUAAAAGAUAUUCUAUUCAUGAAACAGAUCGAUCUCACAUAUCACACGUUUAUAAGAGAAAUAGUUUUCAGGUGAUGGGCUGUUAUAACAGAGAAGUCAGAGAAGUGAUGGUUGAGAGUACUACGUAGACUACUUUCGAGUUGGAAUAUUGCAGAAGUUUAGAAAUGGUAUUUUUGGAUUUUGUGGAUGAUAAAGAGUGUCAGAAUUUUCGCCUUGGCGCUAGUAAAUAAUACUGGAUCCCUCCAUUAAUGGGGGAAAAUGCCAAGUUUCCUUAAAAACUUAGACAAUACUUGUGAUGGAGUGCUAAACAUCUUAAUUUUUUUCUCUGACAGAUAUUUAGCAUCAGUAAAAUUAGUAAUGAUUUGUUAAGUUUUAGCUAGCGAUAUUUUAUAACAAGCUAAUUUUGUACGAAAUCAUCUUUAAGCACAAGAAUUUCGUAUCACUUCUUUUCGCAGUUUUGUUUAAGUGAGAGUCCUAAGAAGACUAUGACUGAUAUAAAAUGUAAAUUGUUCUUAUGUCUCUACAUGCUACUGUCUCUUCCUUAUUUCCUCAUACUAUUAGUAACAAUCUUUGUGCCUUCCGUCUUAGAAUGUGACAAUACGGAUUUUGCAUGGUUUGUAACAGUGCUUGAAUAAUGGGUUUUAACUCCAAUGUAUAGUCUGUUGAAUAUUCACUUGAUUAUAUAUUUCCUAGCCCAUGUUAUUUUUGUAUGUCUGGAACGUUUGUCAUUUCUAAUUGUACAGCAAACGUAUCUAUUGGUGUAAAAAGUCGAUGUAAUUCAUUUUGAUAAUUUUGGAACAGUAAACAUUGAAUCAUGUUGAAA